AUGUCAAAAUUCCAUGCAGUGAAACCCCUCCCCUUCCUCCCUCUUCAUCUUUCCUCUCACAUCUCCCCUUCCCUCUCUCCUCAUCUCCCCGUCUCCCCCGCUCUUUCCUCGUUCGCCCACUGCUCUCCUGUUUACCCCUCAUCCCCCCUCCCACCCCUUCUCGUACCCACCUUCCAUCUCCCCUCCCCACUCACCCCACAUCUCCCCCCGUCCCUCCUUUGGCUUGAGCGCGAGGCAGCACGGGCCAUCCUUCUUGGAGUAACCAGCACGGGCCAUCCUUCUUGGAGUAACCAGGUGUACCCUUUGGAACCCCUUCCCCCUCCGCAUUCCUCCCCCACUUGUCUCCCCUCCCCACUCACCCCACAUCUCCCCCCUUCCCUCCUUUGGCUUGAGCGCGAGGCAGCACGGGCCAUCCUUCUUGGAGUAACCGAGCUUGGAGCAGCAAGGGAUCUUGGAGGAGUGAUUGAGGGGCACUCAUGA